CCUGGCCCUGGGCAGCAGCGGCAGCCGCCCCCGUGACCCAGCUGACUGAGUGGCUGCUGGCUGGCUGGCUGCGGGCCUGGGCCCCCGCGGAGAGGAGAGGCGAGGCUGAGGCGGCCCUGGGGCCCCGGCUCCUUCGCCAUGUGGCUGGGCCCCGAGGAGGUGCUGCUGGCCAACGCGCUGUGGGUGACGGAGCGGGCCAACCCCUUCUUCCUCCUCCAGCGGCGCCGCGGCCACGGCAAGGGCGGAGGGCUCACCGGGCUGCUUGUGGGGACUCUGGAUGUUGUUUUGGAUUCCAGUGCUAGAGUUGCUCCCUAUAGGAUUUUGCACCAGACACAGGAUUCUCAAAUCUAUUGGGCAGUAGCAUGUGGUUCAUCCCGUAAGGAAAUCACAAAACACUGGGAAUGGCUAGAGAAUAACUUGCUUCAGACUCUUGCCAUCUUUGACAAUGAUGAAGAUAUCACUACUUUUGUCAAGGGCAAGAUACAUGGCAUUAUUGCUGAAGAAAAUAAGAAUCAGCAGCCUCAGGGGGAAGAAGACCCUGGUAAAUUUAAGGAAGCAGAACUGAAGAUGCGCAAACAAUUUGGAAUGCCUGAAGUAGAGAAACUAGUGAAUUAUUACUCCUGCAGCUAUUGGAAGGGGCGUGUGCCCAGGCAAGGCUGGCUGUAUCUGACUGUUAACCACCUUUGUUUCUAUUCCUUCCUUUUGGGCAAAGAAGUGACCUUAAUAGUCCAGUGGGUGGAUGUAACACAACUGGAGAAGAAUGCCACUCUUCUGUUCCCUGAAUGUAUCAAAGUGAGUACCAGGGACAGUGAGCUGUACUUUUCUAUGUUCCUCAACAUCAACGAAACCUUCAAGUUAAUGGAACAGCUGGCUAACAUUGCCAUGCGGCAACUAUUUGACAAUAAAGGGUUCACGGAGGACAUGUUGCUUCCCAAGCCCAGCAAGCCUCUUAAGAAUAUCUCAGCACUCAAAAGAGAUCUGGAUGCUCGAGCCAAAAAUGAGUGGUACCGAGCUACAUUUCGGCUGCCUAAGGAUGAACGUCUUGAUGGGCACACAGACUGUACUUUGUGGACCCCAUUCAACAAAAUUCAUAUCCUAGGCCAGAUGUUUGUGUCCAAUAACUAUAUCUGUUUUGCUAGCAAGGCCGAGGAGGCUUGUCAUCUCAUAAUACCACUCAGGGAGGUCACAAUUGUUGAGAAAGCUGACAGUUCCAGUGUCUUGCCUAGUCCACUUUCCAUCAGCACCAAAAACAAAAUGACUUUCCUUUUUGCCAACCUGAAAGAUCGAGAUUUCCUGGUACAGAGAAUCUCUGACUUCCUACAGAAAACCCCAUCAAAACAGUCAUGUAGCAAUGACAGAGGGUGGAAGAAAAGCUUUGGUGACCAUGCUCAUGAGGAGUUUCCAGAGAUGUCUCCCAACAGUCCACCUGCCGUCAGUCCUGAAUCUUCUCUCAACAAUCAGCUGGCCAAUUUUUGUAAAGAUAAAGUACCAACAGCAUCCCAGGGAUUGCUAAAACUCUUUGGGUCCAACUCCGAUGAAGUCCUUGGAUCAAAGGGAGCAAAGGAGACAAUGAAAGAGGAAUCAUGGAACAUACAUUUCUUUGAAUAUGGGAGAGGGAUGUGUAUGUACCGCACAGCCAAGACCCGUGAACUGGUGUUGAAAGGAAUCCCAGAGAAUCUUCGUGGAGAGCUGUGGCUCCUCUUUUCAGGAGCCUGGAAUGAGAUGACCACUCACCCUGGGUAUUAUGCAGACUUGGUGGAACAGUCUGUAGGAAAGUAUAGCCUUGCCACAGAAGAAAUCGAAAGGGACUUACACCGUUCAAUGCCAGAGCAUCCUGCUUUUCAGAAUGAAUUGGGUAUUGCUGCACUUCGAAGGGUACUAACAGCAUAUGCUUUUCGGAAUCCCACAAUUGGCUACUGCCAGGCUAUGAACAUUGUGACAUCGGUACUACUUUUGUACUGUAAUGAGGAAGAAGCUUUCUGGCUCCUUGUUGCCCUGUGUGAAAGGAUGCUGCCAGAUUACUAUAACACCAGAGUGGUUGGUGCAUUGGUAGACCAGGGAAUCUUUGAGGACUUGACACGAGACUGUCUUCCCCAGCUAUCUGAGAAGAUGCAGGAUCUGGGAGUAAUUUCCAGUAUAUCAUUGUCUUGGUUCCUCACUCUCUUCCUCAGUGUCAUGCCUUUUGAAAGUGCUGUGGUCAUUGUUGACUGUUUCUUCUAUGAAGGCAUCAAAGUCAUCUUGCAAGUAUCUCUGGCUAUUCUGGAUGCCAACAUGGAGAAGUUAUUAAACUGCUGUGAUGAAGGCGAGGCCAUGACUGUCUUGGGCAGGUACCUGGACAAUGUAGUUAAUAGACAGAGUAUUUUUCCACGUAUUCCUCACCUCCAUGCCUUAUUGACGAGUGGGGAUGAUCCACCUGUGGAAAUUGAUAUCUUUGAACUUAUUAAAACAGCCUAUGAGAAAUUUGGCCAUUUGAAAGCAGAUGAUAUUGAGCAGAUGCGCUUUAAGCAGAGACUGAAAGUAAUCCAUUCUUUGGAGGACACAGCAAAGAGAAGUGUGGUCCGCGCUGUAUCUGGUGACAUUGGCUUUUCUAUGCAAGAAUUAGAAGAUCUCUAUGUCGUAUUUAAGGCAAAACACCUAAUGAGUUGUUACUGGGGAAAUCGCACUGCAGCAGCCCCCCGAGACCAGAGCCUUCCCUACCUGGAACAGUACCGUAUCAACAUAGAGCAAUUCAAAGAGUUAUUUGCUUCUCUUACUCCUUGGUCAUGUGGCCUCCACACACCAGUGCUAGCAGAAAGAAUGUUCCGACUCUUGGAUGAAAACAAGGAUGCACUCAUUAACUUCAAAGAGUUUGCAACUGGAAUGAGUGGCAUGUAUCAUGGUGAUCUGACUGAGAAGUUAAAGCUCCUUUACAAACUUCACCUACCUCCAGCUCUGAACCCAGAGGAAGCAGAGUCUGCUCUAGAGGCUACAAAUUACUUCACAGAGGAUAAUACCACAGAAGUAUCUCCCUUUGUCUCAGAACUGGAUCUCUUCCUGCAUUGUGAUACUCAAGAAGCAUCCAUGCAGGAAGACAAAGCACCAAGAGAAGGGAAUUCCAAACACCAAGAAGAAAAAGGUACCAGUCCCCAAGAUUACAAGUAUCACCUGAGAAUGUGGGCUAAGGAAAAGGAAUCCAAAAAAGAAACUAUCAAAGAUCUUCCAAAAAUGAGUCAGGAGCAAUUUAUAGAGUUGUGCAAGACUCUUUACAACAUGUUCAGUGAAGACCCUGUGGAGCAAGAGCUAUACCAUGCCAUUGCCACGGUUGCUAGCCUCCUCCUGCGCAUUGGGGAAGUAGGGAAAAAGUUCUCCCACCAGCCAGCUAAAAAGACUGAUGACAUCAAAGCAAACAGCAAUCAGGACCCUGUAAGUGAAGAAGAGUCUCCAACAUCUGAUCAGAGUCAAAACUCAACUGUGGAGCGGUAUGCCCAAGAUGCCCCAGAAGAUAAAGCAUCUGGAGAUAUUCAGGUUGAGAAACACCAACUGGAGAAUCAGAUUUUUGUAGAUGGAGGUGGUGAGGGUUCAGGAUCUCCUGUACAACUCUUUUCAGAUGAUGAAACAAAAGACGAUAUGUCCAUGUCUUCAUACUCCAUGGUCAGCACAGGUUCCCUCCAGUGUGAAGAUAUUGCAGAUGAUACAGUGCUGGUUGGCUGUGAGGCUGGUAGUUCGGCUGCACGAUAUGGCAGCACCAUUGACACAGACUGGUCUAUCUCAUUUGAACAGAUCUUAGCUUCCAUACUCACAGAGACAGUCCUGGUAAACUAUUUUGAGAAGAAAGUUGACAUUACACAGAAGAUCAAAGAACAAAAGAAGGUGGAAAGACAGUUCAGUUCAUCCAGUGAUUAUGAACUUUCCUCAGUGUCAGGCUGACUUCAAGAAAAUAAAACAAGGCUUGAAACAGAGGUGGUUGAUCAAGAAACCUAGUUCAUGGCUGGACUCUUAUUUUGUUUUUGGUUUUUACCAGCACCUAUAACUACCCAUCAAUUAAAGUAGCUUCAGCUGAGUAAGAGGCUUAUCCCAGUGAUUCUUUGAUAUAGAUAUCUCCCUGGAGGACACCUUGCUUGUUGAGUUUACAUUACAUUCUCAAAAGCAUGGAAGCCUAAAACCUAAUAGCCUCUGUGGCCUAGAAUUACUACAGUAAAUUAUGCAUGUGUGCCUCUACCUUUCUUUAAUGAAGCUUGAUUUCAGUCAAACUAUGCUACUUUUUGUUUGCUUUACUUCCUUUGUAAUUAUUCACAAGUAAUGCAGCCUGGCUUGAAUUCCUUCCUCUAUGUCUUUGGCUACCUCGUGAGCUAAUGCAUCAAAUGCAGUGUAUCCAAAUGCGGUUGCAGUCCCCACCUUGCCUAAGAGAGUCUUGUUAGGAACAUAGAUGCUAUGCAGUAACUUGUCAAAUGUAAAGAUAUUAUAUUCUCUUACUCUUGGCAUCCUGCACCUAGAAUACACCAGUGUCUUGGGACCGCUGGUGUUUGUUGCAAGUGAUUUACUAUUUAAGUAGCAUGUGGUUUUCAAAAUCUCUGAAGAAUGACACAUAUUAGUAUCUUUUAGACCAGUUUUUAAUUCUUUAGUGCCAUGUAUUUAUUUCUAAUUUCCCAGAAAGAAAGGAGGGUUAAGAAUUGCAGCAGUCUGGAGAUUGGGGUGGAUGUCACAGUCCAAAAAAUCAUGACAUAUCAAUAAGUCAUGCUGCUUUGAAAUAUUAAAUUGCUUCCUUCCCACCUUGAAUUUGGAUUUCAAGAUUUUAAUUGUGAUGAGCAAAACCUGAACCGAUAUUCCUGUAAGUUAGUUAUCAUUACCUAACUUACAGCGCUUAAUUGAUCAAUUUCUCACUAUAAUCAGAAGUGAACCUACAAAUUUGUUUUAAUGUGCUAAACAUAAGCUAUACUUCUAAAAUAGGUGUAGACACAAUUGUGUGGGAGGGUACUUAGUUGUUUGUCCUGUUUACCUGAAUCAACUAACAUGCUGAAUAUAUUAUGGCCCAACUGUUGCACACCAUAGGGCUGUUGUUGUACUAGAAUUCAAAACAGUUUCUGUAACCUAUUUUAACAUGAUGUGAUGUUUAAACCACAUUUUGCUUUGAGUGUACAGUUAUGGGAUCAGCCAUUUGCAAAUCACUUGUGGACCAGAGGAAAAUUAAAGUUCCAUUUUGAGAUAGGUAACCUCCCUAUGGGAAGGCAUUAAUUCUCAAGAAGCACUAUUACAUUUGUUUAUAUUUGUACACAUGUUCAUUACACAGGUAUGUUUUCCAGUCACAUGAGCUUAAUUGAAAUUGUGUAAAUGUUAGUGUAUGGCUAUUGCUGGAGCAGCAAUGACUGUGAAUUGUACUGGCAAUUCAGAAAGAGAAGUCUGAAGUCUAUGUAGAUUUAUACAAGGGGAUAUGUCACUUGAUGCAAUACACAGUGUUAUUCUAAUUUUGUGGUAUAUUCUGUGUGUUUUAAGUGUCUGCCUCCUUAGCCAUGCACCUGGGAAGUGAAGAGUAGAAACAUUAAUUUUUACUAAUCCUUCAGUAAUUUAUUGUAAUUUUUUAAGAUAAAUAUUCAUGUGAUUUUACAUUGUUUGUCUGAUCAAUCACAUAUGUAUUCAAUAAAUGAACAGAAUCACACAUAACCAUA